AAUCCUGUAUGUGUAGCACGUGUUUCCGGCAUUAAAGUAUCAUUAUUAAUUUUCAACAAAAAAAUAUUUUUCUUCUAUCUUAUUUUUAGAUAUUUAUCGAGGAAAAAAAAAGUGUUUAUAAAAUGUAUCAAAAAAAAGUUGUGAAUUUUAGUUAUCGCACGUAAAAAUCUAUAGUGUCAGUAAUAUUGUAGUUUCUCGUUGGAAGUUAACCUUAAAGAAAACAAAAAAAAAAAUUCAGAAAUGUUUUGCUCGUCAUAAAUUAUGUCAAAAGUGUGUUAAUGUUCUCGUCAUGUGUGAAACGUAAAAAAAGACGAGAAGAAAAAAUUAUCAUGGAUCAGGGAAAUUUGAAAAAUAAUUUUGAUUUGGUGCUAGCGCCAUUUCAACCGACAACGCGUGUUGUUCUUGAGGUUUCUCUGAAUAAGGAAAAAAGUACAACGAGUAUUUUAAAUGUGCGAAAUCCCAGCAAUAAGGAAAUAACAGUUUAUAUCACAAAGCGACCGAUACCCGAGAAAUAUGUCGAUUUCAGUUUCACUGAAGCAAUUAUUCCACCAAAAGAAACAGCAAUUUUAUACAUCUAUUGGUCACCAAAAAUUUGUGUUACCUGGUGGGAUAUUCUACAAUUGACUGACAAUAAUCGAAAUAAAUAUGAAGUAACACUUAUAAUGCGAUCAAAAGAUCCACCACAAAAAUAUCUUAAAACACGAAUUCCAAAAAAAAUAAUCAUCAAUGGCUCUGAAAUUCCACAACCAAAGAAAUUACUCACAUUUAAAAAGGAAUAUUUACCUGGUCAAAAAUUCCCUACAUUAAAGCGUAAUUCAAAAAGACCACGUAGCGCUGAUAAAAUGGAAUUUGAAACACUGAAGAAAGAAGAAGUGGAAACUUCAAUUAAGGAAAAUACAAAGUUAAAAAGACCACGUAAAGAUUCCAUUUCAUUUAAUAAAAAGCUAUUCAAUCUAUCAACAAAUCGUCGUCGUUCACUAUUUAAAAAUCGUUCCGAAACUAGCAAAAAAUCAUUUUUCGAACGUGUUUUCCGUCGGGAAUCGUUGAAAUCAAGAAAAUCAAUUGAAAAAAAUGAAUGUUCACCAAAAGAAGUGAGGGAAAAUGAAAUAAAUGAAAAUUUGAAAAAUGAAAGUGGAAUUCGUGAACAAAGGAGGGAAUCAUUUCUUGAUCGAUUCAAAGACGAUUCAGUGAUACGUGAUUUGAGACGGGAAACAUUUAUUAUUCCUUCAAAAUGCGAUGUGGAUAUUAAUUGUAAUGUUCAAGUUACACCAAGCAAAGUAGAAUCAAAUUUCGAAGGAUUCGAUAUGUUUUCUUCGUUGGCAGGAAUUGUUUCAUCGACUCCAAAAUCAAGUUCAAAGAAUUUUUGUCGUCGUGUUGAGGAGGGAGAGAUGAAUGAAGAAAAAGAAAAAAUAAUUGACUGUGAUAGUGACAAUGGCAGUGAUUUUAGUGAUGUCGGCGAUUAUGAUGAUGAUGAUGAUGAGGAUGAUAAUAAUGAUGACGAUAAUGAUGAUAUUGAUAAUGAUAUUAAUGAUAAUGAUAGUAAUGAUGAUAGUAAUGAUAAUGAUAAUGAUACUGAUAAUGAAAGAGAAAAUAACGAUAGUAGCGAUAAUUUCGGUAACAGUUUAUCGGUAACGGUAAUUCGCAAGAUUCCCGAUCAGAAAAUUGAGAAGGAAACUUGCGAAUUGCCGGCAAAGGAUAUUUACAAACUUCCAAUUGAGGAAAAUUGCGAAACUCCCAACAAAGAUUUUUGUCCUCUUUCGAUAGAAAUCGAAAAUGGCUUCGUUUCCUCGGGGGAAUUUCGCAUUAAUCCUGAAACGGAAUUUUGUGAACGUCCCGAACUUUUGGAACAAGAAAAACGCGUAAUUUUGGCUAGGGAAACUCCUGAAUUUGAGAUUAACGAAUUACGCGUAAUUUCGGAAGGGGAAAAACGCGAAAUUUCGGCUAGGAAAACUCCUGAAUUUUCCGUCAACGAAACGCGCGUAAUUUCGGAAGGGGAAAAACGCGAAAUUUCGGCUAGGAAAACUCCUGAAUUUGAUAUUAACGAAAUACGCGUAAUUUCGGAAGGGGAAAAACGCGAAAUUUCGGCUAGGAAAACUCCUGAAUUUGAUAUUAACGAAAUACGCGUAAUUUCGGAAGGGGAAAAACGCGAAAUUUCGGCUAGGGAAACUCCUGAAUUUGAGAUUAACGAAAUACGCGUAAUUUCGGAAGGGGAAAAACGCGAAAUUUCGGCUAGGAAAACUCCUGAAUUUUCCCUCAACGAAACGCGCGUAAUUUCAGAAGGGGAAAUAGACGAAAUUUCGGCUAGGGAAACUCCUGAAUUUGAAAUUAAUGAAAUACGCGUAAUUUUGGAAGGGGAAAAACGCGAAAUUUCGGUUAGGGAAACUCCUGAAUUUGCGCGUAAUGAAACGCGCGUAAUUUCGGCUAUGGAAACUCGUGAAUUUUCUAUUAACAUAACGCGCGUAAUUUCAGAAGGAGAAAAACGGGAAAUUUUAGCUAGGAAAACUCCUGAAUGUUCAGUCAACGAAACGCGCGUAAUUUCAGAAGGGGAAAAACGCGAAAUUUCGGUAAAGGAAACUUCUGAAUUUUCCGUUAACGAAUCGCACGUAAUUUCGGAAGGGGAAACACGCGUAAUUUCGGCUAAGGAAACUUCUAAAUCUUUUGUCAACGAAACGUGCGUAAUUUCGGAUAGGGAAAAACGCGAAAUUCCGGUAAAGGAAAUUUCUGAAUUUUCCGCCAACGAAACGCGCGUAAUUUCAGAAGGGGAAACAUGCGUAAUUUCGGCUAAGGAAACUUCUAAAUCUUUGCUCAACGAAACGCGCGUAAUUUCAAAUAAGGAAAUUUCUGAAUGUUUGGUUAAUGAAACGCGCGUAAUUUCAAAAGAGAAAAUACGCGAACUUUUGGAUAAGGAAACGAUAGAAAAAAAAUUUAUCAAAAAUUCCAAAAAUUCCUCUCUCUUAUCUACAUCGUUGAACAAAAAAAAUGAAUCCCUAAAUUCGACGGAUGAUAAUAAUAAUUGGUCAUUAAAUCAAGAGCAGGAAUUUAAAAAAUGGUUAAAUGCCCUAAUGACACCGCCGGCGGAUUUUAAUGAAACAACAACGGUUGAUAUUGGAAAAAUUUGGCAAUCAAUAAGAACAAUGAAUGACGAUAUACUUGCCGAAAGUCGUGAAUCAAUAUCAUCACGUUAUCAUACGGAUACACGUCUCGAUACACUUAGAAAAGCAGCGCGUAAAAUGUAUUUAAAUUAUGAUCUAACAAUAUCAAUUGCCUCGGCAAUGAAAUGUAUCGAGAAUGGUAAAGUUGAAAUUAAAAAAGAUAAAAAUCUUCAUUUAGAUAUUGGAUUACAAAAGGAAUUAAUUGAAUUAUUUUUAAAUUAUAAUCCCCUAUGGUUGAGAAUUGGUCUUGAAACUAUUUAUAAUGAGAGAUUAAAUUUAAAAUCAAAUAAUGAUUUAAUUGGUAUAACAAGAUUUUUACUUUCACGAUUUUUUUCUAAUUCAACAAUUAUUCGUGAACAUUCACAUUCAAGUGGUUUACUUUUAGAAAGUUUUCGCGGUGUAAUGAAUGAUUUUAUUUUAAAAACAUUUUUAAGAUUAAUUGGAUUUUUGGAUUAUGCAAAAAUGAAUAAAUUAAUUGGCGAUGAUCCGUGUUUAUUUAGAAAGAAUUCAUUGCAUAAGGAAUCGAGAAUGAUAUUAAUUAAAUUUUCAAGUCUUGUUUUGGGUGGUAUUGGUGAUAUUAUUAAAGUAUUGAGAAUUUCUGGUUAUGUUGUCAAGCAUCGACAGUCUUAUAUUGAGGAAUUUGAUUAUGCGGUACAUGAUAUGAAUUAUGAUUUAAGAGAUGGUGUGAGAUUAUGUCGUGUUAUGGAAAUUGUAACUGGUAAAAAGAAUUUAACACAAAAAUGUAGCGUACCGGCAAAUUCAAAAGUGCAAAAAAUUUAUAAUGUGAAAAUUGCCCUCGAUGCAUUGAAGGAGGCUGGUUAUGUAAUUUUCGAUGAUAUUGAGGCAAAAAAUAUUGCCGAUGGUUUACGAGAUAAAACACUGUCACUACUUUGGCAAAUUGUUUAUAAAUUUCAAGCACCACGUUUUUUGAAAGCUGCAAUACUAUUGCAAAAUUGGUGGAGGAGUAAAAUUUUUUAUAUUCGUUAUAAAAAAUUUUUAAAGGAGAAAAAAAUUCACAAUGCUGCAUUAGUAAUACAAAAAUGGUGGCGAUCUAAAAGAGAAUUAAAAUUAAGGGACAGAACAGAGGCGAUAAUAUUUUUACAAAAAUUUUCAAAAGCUAGAAAAUUAAUGCUACGUCAACGUGAACAAUUUAUGCGUGUUAAGGAAGCAUUUUCUUUGCUUCAAGCGAGAUGUGAAAUAAAUGACAAGGAAAGAAUAAAACGUGAAAAUGCUGCAAAAAUAAUACAAAAAAAAUGGCGUGAAAAGUUGAAUAAAAAUUUAGUUGAACGAAAAGAAUUUCUCAUAAAACAAAAGAGUGCAAUUAAAAUACAAAUUUAUUGGCGUAAUUAUCGAAAAAUGAUAGAAACACGUCAAAAAUUUCUUCAAAUAAAAUUUGCAACAAUUAUUAUACAAAAAAAAUGGCGAGCAAUAAUUUUAGAUCGUAAAAAUUUUGUAAAACAACAAUUGGCAAUUAUUUUAAUACAAAAAUAUUGGCGACAAUAUUUGAUGAUUAAAGAAAAAGCAGCAAUAAUUAUACAACAAAAAUGGCGAGCUUGGAAAUUAAUGAAAAAAGAGAGAGAUCGAUUUUUAAAAUUAAAAAAUGCUACAAAAAUAAUUACUGAUUAUUGGUUACGAAGAAAACAAUUGUUAAUGGAUCGUGGGGAAUUUUUGAAAAAACGUACAAAUACAAUUUUUAUACAAAAAUAUUGGCGAUCCUAUUGUAAGAUGAAGGUGGAACGUGAAAAUUUUUUGAAAAUCAAAUUUUUUACUAUUUUAAUACAAAAAAAAUGGCGAGCUAUUAAAUUUGAUCGUGAAAAAUUGAAAAAUAUGCAUUUAUCAGCGAGAAAAAUUCAAUAUUAUUGGAGGAAUUAUUUAUUAAAGAAACAACAGGAAAAGGCACGUUUGGAAAAUGAAAGAAAAUUUAAGGGGACAAAUUCAUUGGAAUUUUCGACAAAAACACUUGCACUACGUUUACGAGAAUCUAUUGAUAUUUUUAAAAUGACGAAUGAUCUUGGUCGAUUGUCCAUGUGUCUUGCUUCAUUGGAUUUAAUAACACGUUUAUCGAAUAAAAGUUGCAUUAUUGUUUGUAAUGUUGGUUUAGUUGAUAAAAUUUAUGAAACAUUACUACGAUCAAAUAGAUCAUUACCAUGGAUUGAGGCAUCAUUACGUGCAACGAGUAUUUUAAUUAAUCUCGCCAAAUAUUCGCCAACAAAAUCAUUCGUUUUAAAGGAAAACUAUAUAGAAAUUUUAGCACGAUCUUUGUCAGUAACGGUGGAAAAAAAUGUUAAUUUAUUUUUACAUCUCGCAACUUUAAUGUGGAUUCUAAUUGAGGACUGCAAUUAUGCAAAGGCGGUUAGAAAAAAUUCACGUGCAGUAUGGCUAUUAAAAACAUUAGAGGAGAAAGUAAGAAGGAAAAAGAAUUUCUUUUAUUUAAAGGAAAAGAAAUUUUUACCAAAUUCAAAACCAGAUUGGGGAUUAGAGCAAACAGAACCGCGAUUAUUUAAAAAUGUUUAUCACGCGACAAUUUCAAUUGUAAACAGAUUAGGAAAAUAUUGAGAAAAAAAAAAAUAAUUUUUGGUUUUUUCUGUUAAUAUGUCGAGAAAUUUUUUUUUCUUUUGUAAUUAUUAUAAACAAUUAUAACUUAUAUAAUUUUAAUUUUUUUUUGGAAAACAAAAAUUACUAUCAGUAUUUUAUGUAUAGUAUCAGUAUUAUUAAAAUGAUAAUUAAUUAUAAGUUAUAAUUGUUAUAAUAUUGAUUUUUUUUUAAAUUAGAAAUUUCAUUUUUUUUUUUGCGUCAGUAUUUGCGAAAUUAUAUUGAAUUAUAAGUUAUAAUAUAUCAAUUUUCUUUAGCUAUAUUUAUCAGUAUUUUAAUUCUAAUGGGGGAUCUCAAUUCUAAUUACUUAAUUAUUGAAUAAUAAUUAAUAUUAAUAGUUUAAUAAUUACUAUUAAUAAUUAAAUUAAAUUAAGGAAUUAUUCAAUUAAAUUUUCUUGAAUUUCUUUUAAAAUUAAAUUAAUAUUAAUUAAUUAACAUUACUAUUAAUAAUCAAUUUAAAUUAAGUAAUUAUUAAAUUAAAUAUUUUCAAUUUCUUUUAAAAUUAAAUUAUGAAAAAAAUGGUAUUAUAAUUUUUUUUAUUAUUAUU